UCCUAUGGUAGACCAGUCUCCCCCAAUGGAUGAUAAAAACAUAAUCAGGUCUCCCCUCCGUGUAGUCGUCUCUUUUCGGGUUUCUCCGCCGUUGCGUCCGCAGAACGAGCUUCGGGGUCAUGGACGUUGCUUAGGUUUUCCAGCCGCGACUGAGGAGGGACACGGGACGAAUUCGUUCUUCGCUGGGAGGGUUCACCCCCUACUCCCGGCCACUCCUCUCUCAGGUGAUUAAGAUGCUGUUAUCCAUAGGGAUGUUAAUGUUGUCAGCCACACAGAUAUAUACUAUUUUGACUGUCCAGCUGUUUGCAUUCUUUAACCUGCUACCUGUGGAGGCAGAUAUUUUAGCGUAUAAUUUUAAAAAUGUAUCACAGACAUUUGACGACCUUCCAGCAAGAUUUGGUUACAGACUUCCAGCUGAAGGUUUAAAGGGAUUUCUGAUAAACUCAAAACCAGAGAAUGCCUGUGAACCCAUAGCACCUCCACCACUGAAAGACAACUCCUCUAGUGCCUUCAUUGUGUUAAUUAGAAGACUUGAUUGUAAUUUUGACAUUAAGGUUUUACAUGCGCAGAAAGCCGGAUAUAAAGCAUCCAUAGUACACAAUGUUGAUUCUGAUGACCUAAUUAGCAUGGGAUCCAACGACAGUAAGUACAGAGGCCAUAUUGUUUUGGUUCCAGAGUUUAGCCUUCCUCUAGAAUACUACCUAAUACCAUUCCUCAUCAUAGUCGGCAUAUGCCUCAUCUUGAUUGUCAUCUUCAUGAUCACAAAAUUUGUGCAAGACAGACAUAGAGCUAGAAGGAAUCGACUACAUAAAGAUCAACUUAAGAAACUUCCUAUACAUAAAUUCAAGAAGGGAGAUGAAUAUGACGUAUGUGCCAUUUGCCUAGAUGAAUAUGAAGAUGGAGACAAACUCAGAAUCCUUCCUUGUUCUCAUGCGUAUCACUGCAAGUGUGUGGAUCCUUGGCUAACUAAAACCAAGAAAACUUGUCCAGUAUGUAAACAGAAAGUUGUUCCUUCUCAAGGAGAUUCAGACUCUGACACGGAUAGUAGUCAAGAAGAGAACGAAGUCUCAGAACAUACCCCUUUACUUAGACCAUUAGCUUCUGUUAGUGCCCAGUCAUUUGGGGCUUUAUCAGAAUCUCAUUCCCAUCAGAAUAUGACAGAAUCUUCAGACUAUGAGGAUGACGACAAUGAAGAUAUUGAUAGUAGUGAUGCAGAAAAUGAAAUGAAUGAAGAGAGUGUGAUUGUCCAACUGCAGCCUAAUGGCGAAAGGGAUUACAACAUAGCAAAUACGGUUUGAACUUAAAUUCUAUUCAUCUUCAUACCUUAUAUGAAAACAUUUGUUGAUCAGCUUUUCCCUUUAUGUGUAUUUUAGUAUAUUCUUUCA